AGCUGCCCUGCGCGGGCGGCGCCUCCGCGCCUCGGCCGCCAACCGCUUUUACUGGGCGGUGCGGGCCAGCGGCACCCACGGCGAGCCAUGUUCCUCCUGCUGGUGCUGCUCGCCGGGCCCGGCUGGCUGCACGCAGGCGCGGAUCCUCACAAGACCUUUCUGCACACCACAGUUCCUGAGAAGAUUUCAUCAUUGGGUGCGAACAAAGGUCCCGAAAAGAAUGUUGCUUACAUCAUUACAAUAGAGGGAAAACCAUAUUUUAUCCACCUCAAAAAGCAAUCAUUUUUACCUUCAACUUUUGUUAUUUAUUCUUAUGACAAGGAUGACGUCCAACAUUCUAAACCUUUGUUAGUUCAGAUGGAUUGCAAUUAUAAUGGAUAUGUUGCGGGUUUUCCAAAUUCUCUUGUGACACUCAACACUUGUUCAGGACUCAGGGGAAUAGUGCAGUUUAAAAACACCUCAUAUGGAAUCGAACCAUUGGAAGCUCUAUCAGGAUUUGUGCACAUGAUUUAUGAAGAAACAAGUGAUAACACUAAUAUUCCUCUCUUAGGAGACAAUGACACUUUUGCUUGGUUUAAUGAUUUACCGUAUCAAGCCAGAAAAGGUUCACAGAGAACUGAAUUUACCAAGUUAUUCCCACGAUAUCUUGAAAUGGCUAUUGUUGUGGAUAAAGAUCUGUUUGAUUACAUGGGCUCUGACAUAAAGACUGUAACACAGAAGGUGAUUCAGAUAAUUGGCCUUGUUAACACUAUGCUUACCCAGUUAAAACUGACUGUUAUGAUAUCUUCCAUUGAAAUCUGGUCAAAUAAAAAUAAAAUUUCUACUACAGGGCAUCCUAAUAAUCUAUUAUUAAGAUUUUCAGACUGGAAUGACAGGCAUCUCAAGCCAAAACAUCACAUUACGUACUUAUUUGUCUUCAGGAAACAUCCUACCUUUAUAGGAACCACAUUUCCAGGACGAAUAUGUGAUAAUAAUUAUGCUGUUGGAGUUGCUCUGUAUACAGAUGGUUUAUCCUUGGAGUCAUUUACUGCCAUUAUUGUGCAGUUGCUUGGCCUUAAUCUGGGAUUAACUUAUGACAAUACUGACAUCUGCUAUUGUUCAGGAGAUGUUUGUACAAUGACACCAAAAGCAGUGCACUCUAGGGGUAUAAAGGAUUUUAGCACCUGUAGCUUGGAUGACUUUAAAUAUUUGGCUUCACAAAAUGAACUUCACUGUCUUCAGAACAACAUUAUUGAUAUCCCGGUUUACAAACAAAAAAGAGGCAUGUGUGGCAAUGGAGUGUUAGAAGAUAUUGAACAAUGUGAUUGUGGCACUAGAAGCAAUUGUACACAUAAAAAAUGCUGUGAUCCCAUGUUAUGCACAUUGAAAGGCAAAGCAGCCUGUGGUUCCGGAGAGUGCUGCACACAAGAUUGCAAGCUAAGAAAAGCUAAUGACAUUUGUAGGAAAACAGUUGAUGAUGAAUGUGAUUUCACUGAAUAUUGCAAUGGAACUUACCCCCACUGUAUGCCUGACACUUUCGUACGCAAUGGACACAGUUGUGAUUUGGGUUCAGGCUUUUGUUUUGAUGGAAUAUGUAAAUCUUUUGAUAGACAGUGUGAAAAUUUAAUCGGAAAAGGUUCUAAAGGUGGUUCAUUUCCAUGUUUUGAAGAAAUUAAUUCCAGAUCAGAUAGAUUUGGAAACUGUGGAAGGGGAUUCUGUCAAUUUCAUAAUAUGCUAUGUGGAAAAUUAGUUUGUACAUGGCCACACAAAACAUUAAUAAACCAGAAAAAUUUAUCUGUGAUUUAUGCACAUGUGAGAGGCGACACAUGUGUAUCUACAUUUCUACCCAGAAUGAAACCUGCUGGUGAACCAGACAGGAGUGAGGAUACCUACGUAAAAGAUGGCUCCAUGUGCGGUCCAGAUAUGUAUUGUUUGAACCAUCAGUGUCUGGAAGUUCGAUUCAUAAUGAAUGCUGCAUUGUGUGACAGGUACACCACUUGUAGUGACCAUGGAGUUUGCAACAAUUUUAACCAUUGCCAUUGUAAGAAGGGGUUUGUUCCUCCUGAAUGCCAGCCACAGAAAGACGCAUUUGGAAGUAUUGAUGAUGGACACACGAUUAAGACUCCUAAAAGUUCUUUGGAGAGAAGACAAGGCGCUCAUCAGAAAUCCAAGUUUCAACUCAUUUUCUACAUUUCUGUACCUGUGCUGAUUAUUACUACUGCUGCUUUAAUAAAACAGAAAAGAGUAAGAGAGCUCUGCAACAGGGAGGAAAGUGAAAGUGAGAGAUCUGUGUCAGAAGAAAGCAACAGUAGCAGCAACUUAUCCACCAUUGAAAGGUACCAAACAUGGAUAAAUAAACACUUAGGGUAUUUUACCACUGCUAUUACAAAACUAAGAGUAUUUGCAGUUGAGGUAACAGCAACAGUUUCUAACAACACUGAGUGCUAAUACCUAGAGAGAGCAUAGUACCAAAUACAUCAUCAUAAACUGGUCUGAUCCAAGAAGGAUAAAACAAUAUCUGCCUUACUGCUGUUGUCACAGCUGAGGGCUUUAAACUAUGAAAUAAUAAACCAUCUGUGCCCGAAUCUCUCAA